AUGUCCAGCCGACCCCGUCGCUCCGCGGCCCUCCGGGCAAACGAAGCAAUCACUGACAUGGCAGAAGCCAACGACCGCCCCAUGUCCUCCCGCUCAGACCGCCGCUCCGGCCGGACCUCAGGCGCCACCGUAUCCCGGGAGCCGCCGUCCUCGCCCGACCACCUCAACCUCAACAUCAAGGUAUCCUCCAACAAACUCCGCCAGGCCACCGUGGGACGCGAUGGCGUCAGGACGGAGCAGCAGAUCUCCGUGAACAGCCGGGACAACUUCGUCGGCGGCGAGAUCAUCUCGGGCAAGAGGAAUCGCGGUGGCAGGAAGAAUUACGUCGUUGAUAGUGAUAGCGACGAGGAGGAAGAAGAGGAAGCUGAGGCGGAAGAUGAUGAGUCUCUUGGUCAUGAUGAAGAAGAAGAAGAAGACGAGGAUGAGGAUAUGGAUGGGUCUGGUGAGGAGGAUGCAGAGGGCGAGGUUGACGAGAUGGAUGUUGACGCAGAUGGAGAACCUGAUGACUUGGGCGAUGAGGACGGCGAGGGUGAUAUCGACAUGGAUGUUGCGCCCGCGUCGAGCAUCACCGUCGGAAGGUCGACGAAACCCACACCCAAGCCCAAGCCCGCACCGGCUCAAAAGCCAACAGCAAAUGCCUACGACGAUGACGAUGAUGACGACCUCAGCGAUCCUGGUCCGAGUGACAUCGAGGAGACCAUUACGUAUGGCGAGACGAUGCUCGGCGAUGAUGACGCCGAGGGCGAAGAAGAAGAGAUCGAAGUCGCCGCCGAAGGAGAGGAACCUGACGCCGAGGGCGAGGAGGAGGAAGAAGAGGAAGAGCUCGACAGUGAUGAGGAGGGCGCUAGUAGGGCUGAAACUCCGGAUCUGUCGAAGAUGACGAGGCGGCAGAGGGCGAGGUUUGAGGAUACGCCGCAGGAGUACAUGAAGCUUUCAGAUGAGGUCCAAGUAAAGAAACACUUUACCGCCGAGGAACUGUCCAUGCGCCGCGCCGAAAUGGCCCGUCGUCGCCGAAACCUCAGCGAAAAACGCAACGAAGAAGUCAAGAUGGAAACGAUCAACAAACUCCUCAAAAAACAAGCCCCCAAGACAAAAGGCCGCGCAGCAGCCGGCGGCGCCGGUGGCGAUGAAGAGGGCGCCGAGUCCGAAUCCCAGAAACCUGACCCCACGACCUUUAGGUGGAUUAGCGAUCGCGCGGGGAGCAGGAUCGCCCUUCCCGAAGAACUGUUGGCCUCUCAUGCCGGUGACGUGCUGAGGGCUCGUGGUGGCGGUGGAGGAUUGAGAGCUGGGAAGGUGGUGGAGGAAGUGCAGUAG